AGCAAGAAGAAAACUUUGAGUUUAUCAUUGUGUCCCUCACUGGCCAGACAUGGCACUUUGAAGCCACCACAUACGAGGAGCGAGACGCAUGGGUCCAAGCCAUCGAGAGCCAGAUCCUAGCCAGCCUCCAGUCCUGCGAGAGCAGCAAGAAUAAGUCCCGACUAACCAGCCAGAGCGAGGCCAUGGCACUGCAGUCCAUCCGUAACAUGAGAGGGAACUCGCACUGUGUGGACUGUGAUGCCCAAAACCCUAACUGGGCCAGUCUGAACUUGGGAGCCCUCAUGUGCAUCGAGUGCUCAGGGAUCCACCGGAAUCUUGGCACCCAUCUGUCUCGGGUCCGGUCUCUAGAUCUUGAUGACUGGCCCAUGGAGCUGAUCAAGGUGAUGUCAUCCAUCGGGAAUGAGUUGGCCAACAGCGUGUGGGAAGAAAGCAGCCAAGGACGGACAAAACCCUCAUUGGACUCCACAAGGGAAGAAAAGGAACGAUGGAUCCGGGCCAAGUAUGAACAGAAACUCUUCCUAGCCCCACUGCCAUGUACAGAGUUCUCCCUGGGCCAGCAACUGUUGCGUGCCACCGCCGAGGAAGACCUGCGGACCGUCAUCCUGCUGCUGGCACAUGGGUCCCGGGAUGAGGUGAAUGAGACCUGUGGGGAAGGAGAUGGCCGCACAGCACUGCACCUGGCCUGCCGCAAGGGCAACGUGGUCCUGGCUCAGCUGCUAAUCUGGUACGGGGUGGACGUCAUGGCUCGAGACGCCCACGGGAACACAGCACUGGCCUAUGCCCGGCAGGCUUCCAGUCAGGAGUGCAUUGACGUGCUGCUGCAGUAUGGCUGCCCAGAUGAGCGCUUUGUGCUCAUGGCUACCCCCAACCUGUCCAGAAAAAACAACAGCAGGAACAACAGUAGCGGGAGGGCGCCCAGCAUCAUCUGAGGUCAGCCAACACUGCACCUGGGAUCCCACGCCCGCCUGCUCCGGAAGUCACAGCACGUGAGUCCCUCAGUUCCCUCCCUCUUCCUGGUGGUCACUACCACCCACCUGCCACUCACACACUCCACAAGAAAUCUCCAAACCUGGACACCCUCGAGGGGAGAAGAGGAGACUGGAGGCCACAAAACCGAACUCUUUUUCCCACACUCCGAAAGCCACGCAGGAGGGACCGACCACCUCCCAGCGGCUUUGAGGAUAGCACACGAUCGACGGGGGACCCCUGUUCCAGUGACCUGGAGCACAGGGGGAGGGGCAGCAAGGAGAAGGGGCAUCUUCCCCUAACUGGCAGUUAAGCACAUCAGUACAUUUCACCUCGACCAAAAGGAGGCUUGGAUUUCACGUCUCCUCUGGGGAGCUUGACGGCAUAAAUCAGAAGCAAGCACAGUUUGUCAGGUCUGAAGCCCCUAUGAUGGUCGGUGUCAAAUCAUUUGGAGCUAAUCUGUCCAGGGAGAAUACUGGCUUCAUUACACUUGUGUAGUCGAGUUCCUCCAGCAUUACCGCUGUUUAAUAGAACGUGAUUAGUCAUCACCGGGAAGAAGGCAUAUUAGCCGAGGAGGUAGUUACACGGCACGCUCUGGUGAUUGCCACGAUGUGAUUGCAGUGCGCUGAGAAGCAUCGUAUCAUCCCAGACAUGUCUCUCCAGCCCUUGGAGCCCUCCUUUCUAAAUUCACUGUCAUAAUUUAGUAUCUGUUUAAUUUUUCAGUCCAAAGAGAGGAAACCAGUUGCCGGGUAUUAUUUGACUGCAAUCUCCUUCCUUGGUGCAAAAACAAAAUGGGGAAAAAAAUAAAUAAAUAAGAAUAACUUGGAAAUUCAAAAAGAAAUCAUCAAUCCAGCUGAAAAAUAGCUUCUCAAGUAUGCUCCAAAAAUAAGUAAAUAUGUAAAAUGCUAUUUUUUUUUCCUAAGAGAGAUUUUUCUGUCCUGUGGCCACAAUGGAUGUGUCAGGCCUCAGUCACUCCCAAUCCACAAGGUCUGAGUUACCCAGGUUUCUGUCAUAGAGAAGAUGUGUGAAAAUCUAUUUGAAUAAAGUUCAUAAAUAUGCAUUGA